UGGCCUUUGUGCAGUUUCCCACCAUGUAACAUGUUCUUCUUCUUCUUCUUCUACCUCUAUUCAUUUCUGGCCCUUAAAACUCACUCUCUCUCUCUCUCUCUCUCUCUCUCUCUCAGAAGCAACCGUCAAAACCAAAAUGGUAUCUCUACAGCCGCCGCUAACAAACUCCAACACUCUAUUCUACUCCACUCUGACCCCUCCCAACCCAUUUCAUUAUUUUCCCAACCUCUACCCUAAAACCCUAAAUCCCCCUCCCCCGCCACUAAAGCCACCCUACUCCCUCCCAAAAAUCCAAUCCAUCCUCCAAUAUAACCGCAAGCCCCAGCUCGCCGGCGACACCCCACGAGUCGUCGUCAUCACCUCUGGUAAAGGAGGAGUCGGCAAGACCACCACUACCGCCAAUGUCGGCCUUUCACUAGCCCGCCUCGGCUUCUCUGUUGUGGCCAUUGACGCCGACGUCGGCCUCCGCAACCUCGACCUCCUCCUCGGCCUCGAAAACCGCGUUAAUUACACCGUCGUCGAGGUCCUCAACGGCGAUUGCCGCCUCGACCAAGCCUUGGUGAGAGACAAGCGCUGGUCCAACUUUGAACUCCUCUGCAUUUCCAAACCCAGAUCCAAAUUGCCCCUUGGCUUCGGCGGCAAAGCCCUCACUUGGCUGGUCGAAGCCUUGAAGGAUCGCGAGGAAGGCGUCCCGGAUUUUAUCCUCAUCGACUGCCCAGCUGGCAUUGAUGCCGGGUUCAUUACGGCCAUUACCCCUGCGAACGAGGCAGUUUUAGUGACCACCCCCGAUAUUACUAGCCUUCGGGAUGCCGAUAGGGUGACUGGGCUGCUGGAAUGCGACGGAAUAAGGGAUAUUAAGAUGAUUGUGAACCGGGUUCGAACGGAUAUGAUCAAGGGGGAGGAUAUGAUGUCGGUAUUGGAUGUGCAGGAGAUGCUGGGAUUGGCAUUAUUAGGGGUGAUUCCGGAGGACUCGGAGGUGAUUAGAAGCACUAAUAGAGGGUACCCGUUGGUGCUGAACAAGCCGCCCACGUUGGCUGGGCUGGCUUUUGAGCAGGCGGCGUGGAGGUUGGUCGAGCAGGAUAGCAUGAAAGCUGUUAUGGUGGAGGAGGAGCCCAAGAAACGCGGUUGGUUCUCAUUUUUCGGAGGCUAGAAACUGCAAAAACUUUUGCCAUUUGUGAGUAGAAAUGAGUUAGGGGUGGUUCUUUUGGGAAGACAACACGAGGUUGAUUUUUGUACUUUGUUAGCAGAUUUUGACAGGGAGAUGAAUUUUCUCAUAAUGUGUAUAGUUCUUUUAGGGAAAGCUUCUGCAGUUGUUUUCACGACGAAAAUUGGAAUUUGGGUGAUCAGUCCAAAUGCAUUUGUAUUGCAAUAA